GUUCGAUCCGCGGUUUAUAGCGCACCGGCAGAUGUCGCUGCGCGUCGCGCGGCGCGCGCCGAGCACCGGAGAAACAGGUCUGGCAAUCGAUUCGAAGGCUUCCCGACGUCGCGGUACGCGUUCGUCUUAUUUUUUUUCCGUACUACUGGAAAUUCACUUAUCAUUUAUCAACCGCGCGCAGUUUGGCAACAUUAAAAGUUUAUAACAAUUUAUCGUUUAUCGCGGACUCCGCGGCUUUCGUCCGGUCGCUGUCGCCGCGCCGUAAGUUGCCGUCCGACCCCGACACGCGCAGUGUCCUGAGUUUUGUUUUUAAAUCUGUUGUCAAAAGACAAAAAAAAAACCUAUCCAUAGCGUCCGGCGGGUCGCAUUAUUGUACGCGUUUCUCUUAAACCCCGCGGUCGUGGACGUCGCUGAUAAUUAUUUGUCACAUAUUACUUCGGAACGCUCGUCGUUCGACUACAACUCGAGUCGUCGCGCGUGCGCCGUACCGGUACUUUAAGAUAAUAAUAAUAAUAAUAAUAAUAAUAAUACAUUUAGAUUCUGAUUGUUACGCAUAGGUUCUCUUUUCGCGAUUCGCGUCCGAACGAACGGCGAUUUCUUCUCCUUCUGUCCGGCCGUCGUCGAGGCCCGAGGGGGACGCAGCCGAUCGCACUGCCACCGCACUCGCACACGCACACGCACACACAACACGCACACAUCCUUGCGAGCCGUGUAGCCACCGGAAUCGUCGUCAGUCGGUUCGCUUGCAACGUGGUGUGACAACAGUAUCCGACCAACAGCCGCAGUCGUACGACCGGGAAAAUGAUCAUCAAAGAAUUGUAAGUCUUUUCGAUAGGUUUUAUUAAAUAAAAUUCUCAUUCAGGUUAUUUUCCCGAACGGUCCGUUUACAACUCUUGGGGCACACGUCUCGGCCGCUAUUAUCCAUCCCCCGUCGUCCGUUCGCGAAUCGUUAUUGUUGUCGUUAUCGUUCGGAUUUUUAACCCUUUUUUGGCACGCAGCGAGAUGGCCUCGUCCAUGCCGGUUCGAAAUCACGCCACAUUUCGUACGAGAAAUAAAAAAAAGAAAUGAUAAUAACAACAAACCGAUUCGUGAAAUGUCAAUAUCGGUCUAAUAUUGUCGAUUUUAAUUACCCGAUACGUUAUCACUGAUGUUUUUUUUUAUUGAAUUGAAUGUAUAAAAUAAACUUCCCCCACUUAUUAUAAUGUGUGUAGUAUACUUGCCUAGUAUUUUAAAUAGUUGUUUUUGUUUCAUAGAGUAGAUAUGUGUAGGUGUUUGUAGUAGGUUUAUUGUUCUCUGUAUUCGAUUUCCCAGGAAACAGGGAUAAAAAAAAUUGUAUAUUAUGCAGAAUAUUAUGUUAUGUUCUUUUAUUCAUCAAGUCUUAUUGAACAAUACGUAUAUGUUUGGGAAUAUGAAUAAUUUUUAUAGAUAAGUAUUUUAAAAUAUCAUCGAUAUUUUUUAACUGAAGUGUAAUAAUUUUGUGUUUUAUGAUAAUUACCUAUCUAUUUAACGUACCUAAUCAGUAUUGAUAACAAUCCAUACAAAAUAGUUAAAAAAAAAAUACAAAUUUGAAUAUUUAUUUAUUUAGUUAUCAUAUUAAGUUAUUAUAUUAUAUUAAGUCUUUAGUACCGACCUAUAAUUUCAACAAUCUUUUAGAAAUUUUGCUUAUUAUAAUAAUGCACUUAGCCAAUGCAGAUAAUACUUGGUUAAAGUAUUCUAAUUUCACUUACAGUCUAAAGUUAACUAAAUAUUAUUGAUUGGACUCUUUACUAUACAUUUAAUUUUACCUAUAUUAAUUACAUACCUAAUAGGUAUAUAUCUAAUAUAACAUAAUAUAUUAAUUGUAAUAUUUGGGAAGUCACAAUCAUUUUAACGAGUAACUUGGUUGAGUAACUUAGGUACCUACUUAAGUAAAAACAAUAACAUUGUUCCCUACCAUUUACCCAUACAAUUUGUUGAAUGUUUUAAUUGGGAAGUUACGGUCUUAUGGGUAGGUAUUGUAACAAAUAUAUUUUCAACAUAAUUUAUACCUACAUACUUAUUUAUAAUUCACUCAACUGAAUAUCAGACCAAUAUUUUGUAGACAUGUUAAUUCUAUAAAUAGUAGAUACACUGAGAUAUAUAGAGGUACCUACUUACCCACUGUAGAAUGAAAUUAUUUCUAAUUUUUUAAACUACUUAUUUUUUAGUAUUUAUUUCAAAAUCUAAUCAAUGUAAUUGACAGUGUUUGACUUUGGUUAGUUAUUUUGUUCCUUUUUUUUUCUUUUAAAUUACUAUUAAAAUUUUAACGAGAAAUCAGUCAUGGCUUUGAAAAUCAGUAAUUUAUUAAUAUUUUUAUAGGUAAUCAUUAUACCUGAUAUGAUUCAUGAUAAAUUGGUUAUUGGUUAAAAUAAUGUAAACAUAUUUUUAUUGACAAAUACCAUGACUUGACAAUAUUUUAUUAAUUUUAUAGUGAUUUGAUUUAUCUCUAUUACCUACAAUUCUAAGUACCUAUUGUAAUUUUUUUUUAAACAAAGUACCUAUUUAUCAACCUAAUUGUAAUUCAUAAUAAUUUCAUGUUAAAAAAGUAGAAACAAAUGAUUAUUGUUAGACAAAAUAAAAUUAUUGGUUCUACCUUUAGAUAUAGGUAUAGGUAUUUAUUGUAACUUACUUUAGUGUAUCAUAGUGGGCCUGACCCAUUUAAAUUAGUGAUUUUUUUGAAAAUAUUAGAAAUAUUUAAAAAAAAUUAUGUAGGUAGGUAUACCUAGGUACAAUGUUUACUGGUUUUAAAUUUAAGAUAUUCUUAAUAACAGGUACCCCAAAAUAUCUAUAAUCUAUUCACAUGGCUGGAUUCACUUAAAAGAUGCCCCUUGGUUAAUAAAAAACCACCCCUUUUUAAAACAUAAAUAUUUUUAAGUUUACCUAAAAAUAUUAUUUCACUUUACUUAAAUUAAACAAAUUACUCCUCUCCACUUUAUCCAAUCACACGUAAACCUAUGUUUCACUUGCUCAUGAAAGCCACCAUUGUUUUGUACUAAAGUUCCUAGGUACUUAAAACUCUCAAUGUAGUCUAUAACUGCUUAUUGUCGUUAGUUGUAUUGUUCUGUUUCAUCAAACUCAUACUCUGUUUUACUUCUAUUUAUCCUUAGUCCCUUUCCAUUAAGUGUUACUCUCUAUUCCUCAAGCCUACUAUUAAUUUAUUCGAAAUUUUCUCCUAUCACAGCUUUAUAAUCUGCAAAACAUCAUACACUAUGACCUAACCUAACUUCCUCUCACCUGUUGACCUUGUGCGCAUCCUAGUUGUGACAAUUAUUAUUUAGAAGUCCACAUAUUUUUUGACAGAAUUUAAACCAGCUGUUGACCUGACACAACCACAUUUGUCAUCUCUCACGACAGGAGGACGUACAGUGGGAGUAUUUUGAUCCUCUUCCACAGGGAAUGUGUUGAAAAUAUUAUAAAUACGUAGAAAUAUCAUAUAUAUAAUAUAAUGUAAAGUUUUAUCACCCAUUUACUUAAUGUUCGAAUGAUAUUCAGCUAAUUCCAGGUUAUUUUUAUAAUUUUCCAACAGCGAACAGCUAAUUUAUAAAAAUAAUUAUUGUUUGAUAUCAGAUCAGAUAUCAGUAUUUAUAUACAAAUAAAUACAUUUUUUUUCUAGUAGAUAAAUUAAAUUCGCAGAUAGGAAUUUUAUCAACAAAAAUAUCAAAAGUUCUGCCACAGCCAUGACGCCCCCUGAAGUCAUAGCCCACCUAGGCUAUAGCCUAGGUAGCCUAAUCCUAAAUCCGGCUCUGUCUAUUCAGAAUAAGAAUACACCGGUUGGUGCAUGCACUAUUAAACAUCCACACACUGUUAGACCUUCUGAACCCUCAGUGGUAAUCGUUGUACUGCUAAGGAUUCAGCUAGUAGUCCAGAGUAAUUGUUAUACAUGCGCAAACUGUAUCUACCACCAGGUGUGCUCUUAUUCUGAAUUAUGUAUAGUAUUAGUCUAAUAGGUAACUAUCAAUAUAUUAGGUAGUUUGGUCCCGUGUAUCUAAUUAUAUAUUUAUUAGAUUCCUAAAUUUUUACUUUAGUUUUAUCGUGAUGAUCAUAUUUUAAUAUUAAACAAUUUCAGUUUACUAUUUUAAUUAUUUUUAACAAUCACUACCACGUCAAAAACCACUGACGUACUGUAAGUGUAGAAAUGUGGAAACAACAAGGUAUUUAAUAGAAUACCCAAUGUUACUAGUAAAAGGACAGAUGGUGGAACUUUUAGGACAAUAACUAAAAUUUAAAUACCAUUAACUGGCAAGCGAAGAAGAAGCGAUUGUUAUUAAACGUAUAAUGUUAUAUUUUAUUAAACCUACCUAUCAGGGAUGUGGAGAGGGGGUGAUUUUGAAAAUACAUAAAGCUUCAUUUUUGAAAAUCAGCUAUAAGUCAUAUACAUGAUAAUCACUCAUUAUCACUAAAAAUUAACUUUUUCAAAUUUUUUUUUUACGAUUCAAGAAAAAAACAUCUCUUAAAUGUUACAAUGCCAUUAUUUUUAGAUGGUGAAACUACUAUUGACUUUCGAUAAUUUAAUUGUAACCUAUAUUAAAAAUUACAUAAAUAGAUAAGAGUUUGAAUUUAGUUUAAAUAUAUUUUGGUGUUGAAAUAUAUAAUUUCCAUUAAUCUGUUUACAAGAUAUCAUACUUUUAAGUUUGGAUAGUGGCAAUUAGUGGAGCACUGUGCUGCUACACAAAAGAUGUUCCAUUGAUCGCCACUUCUUGGAUUAGUCUAUCAUAUUUUAAUUCUACUAAUUUUAUACCUAAUAUAAUUUAUAUACAUACUUAGUUUAUUAAUACAAAAUAAUUGUUUUUGUUUUAGCCGUGUGGUUCUGCCUUUAACAGUCGAAGAGGUUUGUAUUUACUUAUAUUUAUUUUGUCAAAAUCGUUAUUAAAACAAUAAUAAAUUAUUAAAAUCUAUUGCUUGUAUUAAUUUGUACACUAGAAAUGAAUUAGGUAUUGAAAAUAUAGUUAACUUUUUCAAUAAAACUUUGUACUAGACUUAAAAAUUAAUUAAUUUAUUAAUGCUGAAAGUAGGUGUAUAUAAUAAUUUAAUUUAAUAGAUAACUAAAAUUAAGGCUAUUAAAUGGUAAAGGAUUUAACAUUAUGUCAAAUUUACCAUGACAUAUUAUAUUGCAAUCUGGUUUAUCACUAAUUAAUUAUUUCUAGUUUUUCUACAGUUGAUACAUAUAUAAUUUAUGUUCUGAGAUUCGUGUAUGUAGAUAAAGUUUAUACAUAUAUUAGAAUAUAAUAUAUUGAUAGUUAAGAUAAGAAAGAAUAUAUUUGUAAAUAAGUCAUUUUUAAGAAUUUAAUAGGUACUACUUAUAUCUAUCUAUGUUAAUUUUCUAAAUUAAAUAAUUUCUAAACUAAAUUGUUAAAAAAUAGUUACCAUAACACAAAUAUUUAUCUGAAAUAUUUAAAACCAUGAAUAUUAAAUUCAAAAUUACUAUUACUUUUCAAGUAAUUUGUGUAUAUUGAGGGGUAACACAAUGAUCUGACAUCUGGAAUAACUUUGUUGUGAUCAAUAUUUUUAAGUAUUUUUUCUUUUAUUAAUUUCCAGAGCUUAGUUAAUCCUAUAUUUUUAAUUUUUUUUUAAAUUGUUUUUACAAAUUAUAAGAUAGUAAUUUUAUGAAUAUAUUUUGAAACAAAAUUUUGUUUACUAAUAUACAAAUAUUUACUAAUGGAACUUAAAUUUUCUACAAUUUUUUGAAGUUUACAAUUAUUUAAAUAUUUAAAUAAUUUUAAUUGCCACUAUUAAAUAAUAUCAAUCUAUUCACACAUCAAAGAAUUAUAGAAACUUAAUGAUCCAUUAUCAUUAAAUAUUUGUAAAAACAAUGUUUAGUUUUAGUUUAAAACAAAAUAUACAAUUUAUAGCAUAGAAUCAUUGCACUAAACUCUAAUAUUUAUCACAAGAAAAAAUCUUCAGGUAUAUCAAGUGUCAUAUCUUGGUAUUACAGCCUGUGCAUAUUUUACCAUUAUAAUAAUUCAUAAUACUAACUUCCUUUUUUUAUGUAGUUGAUAAUUUUAUAGACUAAAUUAUUAAUAUUAUUUUUCUUUUUUGUUUUUAGUACCAAAUUGCACAGCUGUACUCCGUUGCUGAAGCCAGUAAAAAUGAAACUGGUGGCGGUGAAGGAAUCGAAGUAUUAAAAAAUGAACCGUUUACCAAUUAUCCUCUUUUAGGUGGAAAGUAUUCAGAAGGACAAUAUACUUAUAAAGUCUAUCACUUGGCCAGGUAGUUAAAACACUAAUUUUUUUAGUGAUUUUGUUACAUAUUCUUAAUAAUGGGUGAUUGACCCAUUAUUUUAUCAUAAUAUCAUCCCUAAAAUUGAUAUAUAUAUAUUUAUGUACUAUAAAUAUAGUUUUAUUAAAUGAUAUUUUUUAAUAUAGGUAGGUAAUUGUGUAUAAUUUCUUAUUUUAGUAUUAAAAUAACCUCGAAAAGAAAAGAAAACCAAAGUCCAACUUUGUAUAAUUAUAGAUUCCUAAGCUAAUAUGUAUGAAAAUUUUCUCAAAAAUGAAAUUAUUAUGUAGAGCUAAUUUAUAGAAACAUACCCAUUGAGCUUGUAUUUAACCGGGUAUUUAACAUUGGAUGCAACAUGGCAUUGAAUGACAUGUUUUUGAAGGUCAUUAAACUAGUAUUGAACAUUAAAAAAAUAUAUUUAUUUUUUUUUCUUAUUAUUUAAUUAUUUCACAUUAUUCCAGCCUUGGUAUAAAAAAGAGUUUUAAUAUUUUAUUAACACUGCAUUUGAAUGUAUAAAUUAUAAAACUAAUGUCCAUAAUCCAUAUUAUCUACUAAAUUUUAAUAAUAAUACAUUUAAAAUACACAUUUUUAGUAGGUGCCAUAUUAUGAAUUUAGUUAGUUUGUAUAAUGAAACCUUGAUAUAUAAGAUCUAACCUAAGUACAUACAUUUAUAUUAUUCUAAAAUUGUUCAUUAAUAGGAAUUAAAAAUAAUUAGUUUUCUAUUUUGAUUUUAGUUUCUGAGUGAAACAAGGAAUGUAUUGGUUUUAUAAUGAUAUUUAUUUUUUUGUGUGAACACUUUUUCUACCUAAAAGCAUACUCCGAUUGUAAAUUAUAGCAAAUUUUCUCUGAGUGGUACUUUAGAGAGGCCAUUUUUUGAAAUUCUCAUUAAUAUUCGAGACAAUGAGAAAAUCCUCAGUCUUUAGAUUAAAAAAAAAUUGAAAGAUUGAAAUAAAGUUGUCAUUGGCAACCAUUUUUAUUUAUUUUUCGUGUUAUUAUUUUAAUAAUUUUACCAUAAAAUGACAUAAUAAUCAUACUAUAAAAUGACAUAAUAAUCAUAAUUGUAUUGUUGACAAAUUAACAUUAUCAACUGAACUCUGCUCAGAAUGGUUUUUCGUUAGCAAUGGUUUAUCGUUAUUUACAGAUAUACAUUAAAUUCCCGUCUGUAGCCUACCUUCCCAACUUCCUACCUACAACAGUGGCAGCACCCAUGUGCAAAGUAUGUCCGCCCUUUUUCAAUCUGUUUUAUAAAAAAUGUCUUGAUAAAUAAGUAUUGAAAUAAUGACAGAUUAAAUAUUGACGUUUUCAAAAUAAUAAUAUUUAAAAAAUUAAUUUGGUAUUUUCAUUUUUGUAACCAGUAGCAAUAUUAAUUAUUCAUGUUUUUGACAAUUAAAGAAAUUCAUAAUAAUUAAUUUACAUUAAUUAUAAACAAAUCGUAAUUUUGAUAUACUUACUUAUUUUCAUAUAUAAUGUUAUAUUAUAAAAUUGUAUUCCUAAAUAAAAAUAAUCAUAUAGUUGCUGUUACUAACAAUUAAUUGCAUACCUAGCCGGUUUCCAGGAAGGUCAUUUUCUAAUAAUUUUGUUGGCUAAUGUGGAAACAAUGAACACAUUUUUUUUUAUACUUUACAGAACCAAUUUUUAGUUUUUUUAUCAUAAAAAUAUAGUAUCAACUAUUAAUCACAACAAUACAAAAUUAUAUACAUCUAAAAACCAGAUAAUUUAAACAAUGUUAUCUCUUUCAAUAAGAAAAAUUUAAUACUGUGAAACAAAUGUAUAUUUUAUGCAAUAUAAAAAUUUUUUAAUGAAUAUAAAUAUUGAAAAUAUCAUUGUUUCAUAUUAUUUUUCAAUGGGUUACAUUAUUUAGUAACUAGUAAUUUAUACAAAAAAAAAAAUUAUUUUGUUGUUUUCGGAUAAGAACCUACUAUAUUUUGUUAAUAUUGUGAUACUAUUUUCAAUUUGUAUUUGUCGAAUAACUUUAUAAUUACUAUUUCAUAUAUUUAGUUAAUAAGAAAUACAAAAAAAAAAUUUAAUUAUUAGUAACUUCUUGUUGGUGUUCUGUUUCAUAUUAUUAAUAUAUAUACAUAUAUAUUUUUAUAUUAAAUUGCAGCAAAGUACCCGGAAUGAUAAAAUUUUUAGCUCCUAAAGGUGCAUUAGAAGUCCACGAAGAAGCAUGGAAUGCUUACCCUUACUGCCGAACCGUGAUUACUGUAAGCUAUAAACUAUUUUAAAAUACCUUAUAUGUAUUUAUGUAUUAACACUUAGUUAAUUUAUCAAACAAAUUUAAUAAAAUGUUGAAUACCUAAGUUUUAAUAUAUAAUUUUACAUUAAUUUAGUAAAUUAAAUAUUCUCUACAAAUUUUGAAAUUUGUUUAAAUGAAAAAUUAUGAUUUCCAACAUUCAUCAUUUAUGACUAAAAUGUCUAGUAGUCUAGAACAACUAUGUCCUUUAAACAUGUUAUUAUUUUUCACAUUGUACAAGAUACCCUAAAAAAGUUACUAUUUUUUUUUCGAUAUAUGUAUCUAAAGUUCUUUAUAAACCUAAUUAAUAUAUCUACAACAAAUUACUAAAGGUCACAUUAUAUUAUUUAAUUAGGGAAAAUAAAAACACACACUCCUUAUAUUAUGCCUAUAUUAUUAGUUAUAUAAUAUCUUUAAAAUACCUAUUUGAAAAAAAAAAAAACUAAUUGGUUUUCCAUUAAAUUUUUAUUUUAUAGAUCAGUUUAACUGUAUUAUAUUAUUUUAAUUAAUCGAUAAAGUUCUGCCGUACAUUCUACAUUGUACACUAAUAAUAUGCAAUUUUUAAACAGGGUGUUCUAAUUGUUUAAAAGUCUAAUAUUAUUUUUAUAGAACCCAAACUAUAUGAAAGAAAAAUUUAUGAUAACUAUAGAAUCAUUUCAUUGUGCUGAUCGAGGAGACCAAAAUAAUGUAAGUGAAAGAAAUAGGAUUCUCAGGAUAAAAGCUACAAUCUAUAUGCAAAGGGACUUUUUUUUAUGUAUGGUCUGGAUGUUGAUCGUCAUUUCUUCUUGCUUUGACAUUAUUUAGGCCAAAACAACACUACUAAUCCAUUUUAAUAUACAUUUUAAAUUCUUAUUUUUUAACAAUCUAAUAACAAAAAUAUAAUAUGGACAUAUAAUAUGUAUUUCUGUGUUUUAAAUGUAAUAUUAUAAUAUCAUAAAUAAAAAAUAAUGUAUUAUAAUUGCUUUUUGUUUGGUGGUUUUGCUUAUACGUAUAGAAUCCAAAUUAUAUGAAAGAAAAUUUCAGUAUAGUCAUUGAGUCGUAUCAUAUUGCUGAUAGAGGUACAAAAGAAAACGUAAGUGAUGUGGUUCAUGAAUUUUAUUGACACAAAAUAUUUAGUAUUUUGGCGUUUAUGAAAACCCAGAAAUCACCGUUUUAUUAUAUAAAAUGCUUAAACACAAUUUUAUUUUUUAUUAUUAGACAUUGGUUCUUAUAUUAACUGUCUUUAAACAGUAUUAUUUAUUUUUCCUGCUUACAUAUUAUUUAUUUCUAUGUAUGGUAUUAUUAUAUUUAUAUUUUAUUUUGAAAUUAAUAAUAAUAUAAUUAUUGUUUUAUUUAAAUUGUAAUAUGCACAUACACGUUCUGCUUAAUUAAACAAAAUAAUAUGUUAUGUCUGAAGUCACAUUUUUAAAUACAAUAAAUUAUUAUUGUAUACACAAUGGCUAAAUAUUUAUGUCUCAAAUAAUAAUUUAAUAAGUACAUAUUAACGUUUUAUAUUUAAAAUAAUACGGUAAUUUUCAGUUUUCAAUACAUUUCUUGCCAUUCUAUAAACUAGAAUUAUGUAGUUAUUAAAUAUGUCUAAUCAUAUAAUCAUAAAUUAGAUAAAAUGAAUACUAUAAUACAUAUGUUAUUCUAUUGUAUAUUAUUAUUUUUUUGUGACUUUGGGUAAUUUGUAUUCAUUAAUUGCAUGUUUUACUGUUCUAACAUUUUAAACCUAACAUACUAUUAUACCUAAUCUAAAUAAUGUGUAGCCUAAUUAAAUUACCUUUUCAUUUUCAUUUACUAUAAUUAUUAUUAUUAAAAUUGUGUAGGUUCAUGAAUUACCUUCUGAAAAGCUAAAACACCGAGAGGUACAAAUGAUUGAUAUUGGUAACGAUACUAUUUCACCUUCAGAUUAUAAAGAAAGUGAAGAUCCUAAACAGUUCAAAAGUCAAAAGACCGGACGAGGUCCUCUUUGUGGAAAUUGGAUAGAAACAGUAUAACUAAUUUUCAUUGAAUUAUCAUCUAAUUAUAAUAAUUGUAUUAGUUAUCAAUUAUUGUGGCUCAUUGUUUUAGGCAAGCCCAGUGAUGACUUGUUACAAAUUGGUAUCUGCAGACUUUAAAUGGUUUGGACUCCAGAAUCGGGUAGAAAACUUAAUUCAUAAGUCAGAACGUCGUCUGUUCACAAACUUCCAUAGGUUUGUUGAUAUCAUCAACUUAUAGAUACCAUAAUAUUUAGAUCGGGUUUAUGCCUGAUAUUAUCUUCUAUUUAUUAUUAAUACAUAUUUACAUAUUUUAUAAUAAAACAAUUUUGUAGACAAGUAUUUUGUUGGAUGGAUCGUUGGCACGGGCUUACCCUACAAGAUAUUCGUGAAAUAGAAGAAAAGACCCGAGAAGAAUUACACCGAGUAAGUUUUCAGAAAGUAAAUAAUUAACAAUGGUAAUAUUAAUAUUAAUAAAUUUAAUACUUUGAUUUUAGCAAUUGAAUGAGGGAACUGUUAGAGGAAUGAAAGCAGAUGCUGAUUAAAAAUAACUAAACAAAUCAAUCCAAAUGCUUAAACCUGUCUUGAAAAUUUAAGCCAUAUUUUAUUCAACUAUACCAACAAAAUUGAAUAAAAAAAAAAAAAUUAAAACCGGUUUUAGUAAUUUUUCUCACUUAGUCUAUUUUUAAUUAAAAUUUUACAUAUUAUAUUAUUAAAUAUUUUAUUCUAAAACAAUAUUCUUACCAUAAAUAUAAUUGAAAGUUGUCACGUUAUUUCUUAGGAAAGUUAGCUAUUUUAAUAUUAAUGUACCGUUGUUAUAUUUACCGACAUGUAUUUUUAAAUUGAUACUUAUUGAUCAUUAAUUAAUUUAUGGAAAGCAAAUUCAUUCCACUUUCUAUUUAUCUUGUUGUCCAUAACUCCUAAUGUAUUUUACUUAAUAAUUGGUUUAUGGAUUCACAGUGUCUAUGAGUAUUAAUGGUGAUUGUAUACAAAUAAUCAUAGUCAGAAAUAGGUUUUUAGUCAUCAAAAUGAUUAUUGUUCUUAAUUGACAUAAAAUUAUUAAACAAAAAAAAUUGUUAUGCAUUUUUGAAAAUAAAAUUUUAAUUGGGAUUUAAUUUUAUGGUUACCAUAUUAUUAAAAAAUAUUUUUUUUCAUUACACAAGUACUCACAUUUUAAUAAUGAUAACACGGUUUAAACUUAAAACAAAUUGCAAUACUACUAUAGUUUUAUUCACCUUAAUAAACUAAUAAUAUUUAGUAAAGUUAUAACUGGACAAUAAUAGUAUUACUUUUAAUGUGUAAUUCAUUUGGAAAUGUAUUAACAAUUUAUUAUUAUUACUAUACUAAUAGUUGAAUAUUAGAAUAUUGUGAACUAUACUCUUAUUGUCGAAGUACAAAUUUCAAACAUUGUAUAGAGUGUAUGCAGUAUUUGUCAAUUGUACAAAAUAUUGUGUUUUUGUGUAUUUAUUAUUCAUUGGCAAUAGUAUAAUAAUAUUAUAGUCUAUUUUCCAGUUUUGAAAUUAACUUAAUAAUAGUAAUACAGUAGUAACAAUAAUAAUAAUAAUGAAAAUUAUAAUAACUUUAAAUAGUUUGAUGAGUCUUUGUAAUCAUUAAUUGUGUUUUAUAUAGAAUCUUUUUUGCUAAAAACGUUCGUUAUGCGUCAUUUUUAUUAAUUAUUUAUUUCAAUAGUAAAUUUCCGUUGUAUAUUGUAUAAUAAUUCAUAUUAGAUUCUUUAUUAUUGUAAUAUUAUUAUCGUUAAGUUGCAUUUAUAAUAUGUCGUCAACAAUAUUGUUAUGUUAGAUGUGAAGUUUGCAUAAUAUGAUAACUUUAUUUUUUCCUUUUCUCGUAAAGUAACAUAUGUUAUUGCAUCGUUAUAAAUUAUUAUAAUAUUAUUAUUAUAAAUAGCCAUUCAAGAAAUGUGAGAUGCUUUUGACAUAAUAUUUUAUCAAUAAUAAAUUUAAAAAAUAACAAUAACCAAAAUUCUAAAACUAUUGUCAAUAGUGCUGUAGCUUAUGCAUAUAAUUAUAAUAUUAAACACUGUUGUUGAUCGUUUUAAAGUCUAAAUUUAUUCGGAUUUCUUUUUUAAACUUGUGAAAAUAUGAAGAAAAAAAAAAAAUUAUAACAUCUUGAACAAGUACUAAAUUUGAAAGUUUUUUUUUAACAAUAAUUACAAUACAUGCGCAUGCAUUAUUAUAACCAACAACACAUAUUGAAAACUUGAUGGUUUCAUUCAAAAUAUUCUAUGAAAUAUCUUUGUGACAAAAAAAAAAAAAUAUUAUAUCAGUUAUAAAAAUUGCAAAAUAAAUAUCUUAUUUACCUGAUGUAAUAUAACAAUAAAUAUUUGUGUAGAAUGUAAAGAAAAUAUAAAGAUAUCGAUUACUGUUUGAAACACAAUUUAUAAAUCAAUUGAUUUUAUUAACUUUUGUAUUAAUUAAUAUAUUGAAUAUUUCAUCUAGUAAACCGGUUUGAAAACCAAAAAUCAUUUGUUUAUCGUAGAAAUAAAAACUGAUUAAUUAAUCGACUAUAUAGGACUCGAGAUAACUGUACAAUAUUUUUUUUUCAGUAUUUAUAUGUUAUAACAAACACAUAAUUUAAAAAAAAAAAAAAUGAACAAAAUGUAUGUGUCUAAUCUCUUUUGUGUUGAUAUUCUAAACUAAAUCUUAGUCUCAAAUUUAAUAAAUAUUUAAUUAUGGUUUAAAAUUGAAACAGAAUUUUUUCUUGUG